AUGAAGCCUGAUAUUGUGCUAAAAAUAAAGGAGGAGGUCAAAAAGCAGUUUGAUGCUGGGUUCUUACAGGCGAUCAAGUACUCUAAAUGGGUAGCCAAUAUUGUCCCAGUCCCUAAAAAAGAUGGGAAAGUAAGGAUGUGCGUCGAUUACAAGGACCUGAACAAUGCCAGCCCAAAAGAUAAUUUCCCAUUGCCUCAUGUCGACACUCUGGUGGAUAAUACAGCAGGCUACUCUCUGUUUUCCUUUAUGGGCGGCUUCUCUGGAUACAAUCAGAUAAAGAUGCAUCCCGAAGAUAUGGGGAAGACCACAUUCUUCACAUUGUGGGGAACGUUUUGCUAUAAGGUGAUGCCGUUUGGUUUAAAGAAUAUUGGGGUAACAUAUCAAAGAGCUAUGGUAGCCUUAUUCCUUGAUAUGAUGCACAAAGAAAUCGAUGCUUACGUUGACGAUAUGAAUGCAAAAUCCAGGACAGAAGAGGAACAUGUACAGAAGGCCGUAAAAGGGAGUACAAUAGCUGACUUUCUAGCUAGUAGAGCCUUAGAGGAUUACGAGCCCUUAAAUUUUGAUUUAUCGAAUGAGGACUUGAUGUAUAUGGCAACUACUAAAGAUGAUUCUCAAGUGGGUCACAUUUGGAAGCUAAACUUUGAUGGAGCCUCGAACGCUAUGGGCAGUGGAAUUGGGGCAGUCUUAGUGUCCCCAGAUGGGGAUCACUAUCCUUUUACUUGCAAGUUGGAUUUUGAUUGCACAAAUAAUAUGGCAGAAUAUGAAGCAUGCAUCAUGGGCAUUCGUGCGGUUAUAGAGCGUGAAAUCAAAGUACUAGAGGUAUAUGGGGAUUCUGCAUUGGUGAUAUACCAACUCAAAGGUAAAUGGGAAGCGAGAGAUCCUAAAUUAAUCAGUUAUCGAAAGCUGGUUCUCGAAUUGAUUGAAGAGUUUGAUGACAUUACUUUCUGCUAUCUCCCACGAGAUGAAAACCAGAUGGCUGACGCGUUAGCCACUCUAGCCUUCAUAAUUAAAGUGAACAGACAGGAGGACAUGAAGCUUAUCCAGAUGAACAUCUAUGAAGCCCCAGCUCAGUGUUACAAUAUCGAAGAAGGAGAAAAGGAUGAUAGUCCUUGGUAUCAAGAUAUAUUGCGAUAUGUGAAGAAUCGUGAAUAUCCUGACCAGGCAGUUGAGAAUGAUAAGAGGACUCUGAGAAGACUAGCCAUUGAUUAUGUCUUAGAUGAGGAGAUUUUAUAUAAAAAGGGAAAGGAUCAGGUACUAUUAAGAUGUGUGAAGGCUGUGGAGGCUAAGAAAAUCUUGGAGGAUGUCCAAGAGGGUAUUUGCGGAACGCAUGUCAGUGGUUUCACAAUGGCUAGAUAG